UAAUUAAUAGAAAAACUCUAGAGAGCAGUAGAUUAAUAAAUUGUCUUGAGUUUACCUUUGAGGCUCGAACGAAAACCAAAAAUCCGAUAAAAGCGGGCCAUCGGAUCCCAUUUCCGGUUUAUCUGUCCGUCGUAUAAGCUCGCCGCCCGGUAGCGUGAACCACGUGCAUUUCCAAACGCUCAAGGCCCGAAAUCCUCCAUUAGUCCACCUGAACUACCGGCACGCGCCACGGCUGGAAGAUGAGCUCGAAGUCGGCGCCGCGGCACAGGCGCCGAGUGCCUAUCCCGAUCUACCUCGUCCUAAUAGCAACAUUCACCGUCCUCGGCCUAUUGAUGGUGGAUUUCAGGUCCAUCGAUUCAUCCUCCCAACUCCCAAUCAGGAACAAAACCUCGGCAAUCACCGGAGAGGAAGAUACUUCAGCUAACGCGACGAUGAGCGAGGCCAUGGAUGCUAAUGCUCGAAAGACCUGCGCUACUGUUGAAGAGAUGGGUGAGAUUUUCAGCAGAGGUUAUGCGGAGGAAAGCCUGAGAGUGAGACGAAUCAUUCACGAUCACUUUGCCUUAAAUGGUGCAUCGAGAGUGAGGGAACUCCAUCCAGAGGAAUUCUGCAAUCAUGGUUUCGUGAUUGGAAAAGCAUCAGAAGCUGGUCUGGGUAAUGAACUAUACAAGAUCAUAACUGCUGCAGCCUUGAGCGUGAUGCUAAACCGAUCAUUGAUAAUUGGCCAAACCAGGCAUAUUGGUUCUCUCUCAAGCCUUUCUGUUUUGCAUUAACUUUGGAAUUUGUGCCUCUAAACUAUUGCUUCACAAAUAAACAAAUUACAAGCCUGCCACCUGCUAUGCCCCCAUGUCCCUAAUUUCUGAGAAGGAUAAGGAAAAGAGAAAAGAUUUCACCAUCACGAUCUUAAUGCAUUGUUGGUUUGGUUUGCCUAUAUCCAUUCCUGGUGUUCUAUAAGUAUCUGAAUUAGGAAGCUAAUUGUUGUGCAUUGCUUUAGGAAAGCAAUAAAGGGGGGCUGCAGUAGACCUAAUCAAGUGGUGAAAUGUAAUAGAUAUAUGGAGAAGAGCCUUUUUCCCCUUCUAAAUAUUUGCAGGAUUUUCAUUAAGUUACUUGUGUAUUUUCACUUGCAGAGGUAGAUUUCCAUUUGGUGAUUACAUUUCCUAUUCCAACGACUCGUUUACGUUGAAAGAAGUGAAGCACUUGUGGAGACAGAAUCGUUGUCUGACAAAAUACGGAAGACAUCUAAUAAUGAGGCUCGAUGAUUUUCAGAAGCCAGCGAAGACAAGUGUUCUCUGCAGUAACUGGAAAGAAUGGGAACAACCAAUAAUAUGGUUCCAAAACACUACAGAUGCUGUGGCUGCCCAGUUUUUCUUAAAGAACGUACAUAUGGAAAUGAGAGAAGCCGCUUUUGAUCUUUUCGGGAGCCCGGAAAAGCUUCAGUACAGGGCUAAUGUUUUUGGUGAGCUCAUGAGGAUUUUAAUGUCCCCUUCCAAUGAUGUUGAACGAGCUAUAAACUGGGCUCUUAAUGGGAGAGACCCUGAUAUUGCCCUGCAUAUGCGAAUGAUGAUGAAUCGAUCUGUAAGAGCAAAGCAAGCAGCCAUGGAUUGCCUAAAAAAAGCAAUACAUAAUAAUCUCCCGUCAUUAUCAAAACCUAGAGUUGUUCUGGUGUCGGAUACCCCUUCUGUUGUGAAAGAUAUUGCACCAAGUUUGGAGGAAUUUGCAGAGGUUCUUCACUUUGAUUAUGAAAACUUUGAUGGAAAUGUAUCUGGAAAUAAUAACAAAUCAACAGCCUUAAACUUUAGAGUCAAGGAUUGGGGACCGGCACCCAGAUGGGUAGCUUUUGUUGAUUUUUUCCUAGCAUCCCGUGCCAAGCAUGCUGUUAUUUCCGGUGCUCACCGACGUGUCGGGACAACCUACGCUCAGUUGAUUGCAGCACUUGCAGCUGCAUACAGACUUGAUUGCGAAUCUUCCGACAACUGCUCGAGCAUCACAUUCCUCAGUAGCUUCCAAAGUAACUUGCUCUCAGAUGGCUUGAAGAAUCAGGUAGGGUGGGGCCACGUGUGGAAUAGAUUUGCAGGUCCACUGAGCUGUCACGGGCAGGCGAGCCAAUGUGCUUUGACGCCUGUUCUUCCUCCUGCUUGGUGGGACGGGCUCUGGCAGUCCCCCAUUCCACGCGACUCCCGUAGGAUGGAAGCCUAUGGCGUCAAACUUUCGGGUUUCGGGACAGUUGACUAUGGCGCCCUGAAAAAUUUCUGUCAGUCCAGAAAAAAUUCGGUGGUUGGAAUUCAGCUUAUCUAAAUGCUCAGGCGUGCGGUGCCAUCGAUGAAUGACAAGUGUCCCAAAUCUUUUUUGAUACGAGAAUAUGUACAUCAGGAUGUGGAGCUGGAUUUGGUGUUGUUUGUUGUACACUGGUUUAAUUCAUUCAUAUUUGUAGCGUGUAUUGGUGGACACUGUAUUGUAUCUGGACAUUCUGAGUUGUGUGGCAUGAAAAAUUGAUGAUGCUACUAAUAAUUCUUUUGGAUGGAGAUCUUGGUGUGAGCUGGAUUUGGUGUUGUUUGUUGUACACUGGUUUAA